AUGAAGGUCUUCAACCAACGCUACUUGGGCUUUCGGGGCGCCAAGCUCAACAUGAUGAUCGGUAUCAUUGCCGGCAUGGACUUCUUACUCUUCGGGUAUGACCAGGGUGUCAUGGGUGGUCUUCUGACCCUUCCCUCUUUCACCUCCGUCUUCCCUGAGAUUGAUACGACCGCCAGCGGGUUAACUCAAAGCCAAGCCGAUCACCGCUCUACAAUUCAGGGCAUCUCUGUGGCUUCUUAUAACGUUGGCUGCUUCGCGGGAGCCGUUGUCUGUAUAUGGCUUGGCGACUUUCUUGGACGACGAAAGACCAUCUUUCUCGGAUCGGCUAUCAUGGUCGUCGGUGCUGCCCUCCAGGCAUCUGCGUUUAGCUUGCCCCAUUUCAUCGUGGGCCGUGUCAUCACCGGCCUGGGUAACGGUCUCAACACGUCGACGGUCCCGACAUGGCAGUCGGAAUGUUCGAAGUCGCACAAAAGAGGACAGAUGGUUAUGAUAGAAGGGGCUUUGAUCACUGGAGGCAUUUGCAUGUCAUACUGGAUUGACUUUGGCUGUUCGUUCAUCAACAACCAAGCAUCAUGGCGUCUACCUAUUGCUAUCCAAAUCAUUUUUGCCUUGAUUAUUCUCGCUUUCAUCCUUGAACUUCCUGAAUCUCCAAGCAGAUGGCUCAUUCUGAACGGCCAUGAAGAGGAGGCAGUCGAGGUCCUUGCCGCCCUUUCCGACAGAUCCAAUGAGGAUAAAUACAUUACGACUGAAUUUGCCGCCAUCAAGGACAGCGUCCUCGAGCAACAGAAAGCGACCUUCCGUGAUCUCUUCACCAUGGACGAAGAUCGCCAUUUCCACCGAGUUGCACUCGCUUAUAUCAUCCAGAUGUUCCAGCAAAUCUCCGGUAUCAAUUUGAUCACUUACUACGCAGCUACCAUCUAUGAGAAUGAGAUCGGUCUGACACCGUUCAUCUCACGAAUCCUUGCGGCCUGUAACGGCACAGAAUACUUCUUGGCUGCCUUGAUCCCUAUUUUCAUCAUUGAGAGAGUAGGCCGUCGAAAGCUCAUGUUGAUCGGCGCAGCCGGCAUGUCUGCUUCGAUGGUCAUCCUGGCUGUGACGAACAAGAUCGGCGGCACGGCUGCUGGCAUCGUCGCCGCUAUAACCCUAUUCGGUUUUAAUACGGCGUUUGCGAUUGGCUGGCUCGGGCUCACUUGGUUACUGCCUGCUGAGAUUGUCCCUUUGAGAAUUCGAGCUCCGACGAAUGCUCUCUCGACCAGCGCGAAUUGGGCGUUCAAUUUCAUGGUGGUCAUGAUCACACCGGUAUCUUUCUCCUCAAUUGGUUACAAGACGUACAUCAUCUUUGCUGUCAUCAACGCAUUCAUCUUUCCUGUUGUUUAUUACUUUUACCCCGAGACAGCCUACCGUUCGUUGGAGGAAAUGGACACCAUCUUUCGAAAGACCAAGAGCAUUUUCUCUGUGGUACAAACUGCGAAAGAUGAACCUCGACGAUAUGGAAAGAAUGGUGAAAUUCUGAUUGCAUAUGAGGAAACUGGAGAGCAUGAACGACGAUUGAGCCACGUCCAACAUAGGGCCAGUGUAUUCAGCGCCAGGAGCCGCAGUGACGACGACUCGGAGAAGGCCUACCAAAGUGAACGGUCACUCUGA